AUGGAAAACUUAUAUUGCCGCUUUUGCGCCGAGCCCAAGAGCUCUGACAAAUUAUUGAACCUACAGAACGACGAGAAAAAAUACGAUGAAAUCCUAUUAAAACUCGCGUUUGUUAAUGCUGUUUAUGUCAACGUAUCAACUAGCGAUAUGCUACCGAAAACAGUUUGCCUGAUUUGCUACGACAACCUGAAUAAAGCCUACGAAUUUCUCGACAACGUGAAGAAAGCGCAGGACGUUCUAACAAGCCUAUUCUCCGCCGUUGACGAAAGUAAAUGUGAUCUCUCAGACGAUGACAGAAUGACUGUUUUCGAUGAUUUUCUUUGCAAUGAUGCGUCUCCGGCCAUCAAAUUGGAAGAAAAGUCUGACAGAGUUGAGGAAGCCGAGGGAGACGACAAAGUUGAGGUGAAGCGCGAACUUAAAGAGGAGCCAGAUUUGGAAGAACAAACAAAUUAUGACGACACAUUAAAUGUUCAGGAUAUACUUGAUGCUGCGAUGUGCACGGCACCCUUCACGCCUAACGUCACGAUAUAUGCUAAAGAAAUAUCAAAUUUAAGUAAGAAAGUUAUUAAAAAUUGGAAAGAUUAUCCAUGGAUGUGUGCCUUUUGUAAUAUUGAGUUCUUAAACAUUGAUAUGUUAAGAUCCCAUUGUAAAGUUGUCCACGGUAAAUGUUCAGCAUUUCUGUGCAUAGAUUGCAAAGUUGGGAGGAAUGAAGAUUUUGCCAAUUUCAUUAAACAUGUCCGGAAACAUCAGAAAUCUUUAAGACACCAAUGCUACUAUUGCGAUGUUACAGUCGAUAAACCAGAAAACCUACCUGCACACAUUAGAACCCACUUCUCAAAGUCACAAAUAGCAUGUCCGCUCUGCGGAGAAAUACUUAAAAGUGAGGAAUCCUUGAAAGUUCAUUUACAAGAUUUUACUAUAGUCAAACAGAAGCGCAGACCGCGAAGAAAACCUGGCACACCCAUCACUAUUGAAGACCUAACAUGCGGACUGUGCAAAAAAGUCUACAAAAACCCAAACAGUCUCCGAGAUCAUAUGAAACUCCACACUAUGGACCGUAAAAGAAACUACACAUGUGACCGUUGUGGCAAAAUGUUUUAUAAUAAAGGUACACUAACCUCUCAUAUAUUAUCCCAUGAUAAGAAUCGUCCGCAUGUCUGCAGAAUAUGUAACAAGUCAUUUUUAUAUCCAAACAUGUUGAGGAGACAUGUUGAAAUGCAUUCUGGGAUUAAACCGUUUUCUUGUGAGCAAUGCGGUCGGUGUUUUAGACUUCAAUAUCAGUUGAACGCUCAUAAAAUUAUUCACACUGAUGCAAUGCCUUACGUUUGUUCGUACUGCAAUAAAGCUUUUAGAUUCAAACAGAUUUUGAAGAAUCAUGAAAGACAACAUACGGGUGCCAAACCAUAUUCUUGCCAAAACUGUGGAAUGGAAUUUACAAACUGGUCAAAUUAUAAUAAGCAUAUGAAAAGAAGACACGGAACAGACACAUCUAAGAAGAAGAUCACCCCAGAAGGUGUGUUCCCUGUUAACCCAGAGACAGGUCAGAUCAUACAAGUGGACGAUCCUGUGGGUACAGAAGAGUGGAAGACUAAGAUAAUGGUACCUGGCAAGAGAGGGAAGAAGAAAGUGAUUAAACAAGAGGGUAGUUAG